AUCAUUCUCAUUCAUUAAUUUCUUAAAAUUCCUUGUAUUCACACGUUAUUUCGUGGGAUUAUUUUAUGAGCAAUAUGAUAAGUGGAGACUGUUUUUUAUUAAAUUUAGUAAACGAAUUCUGGGAAAGUGUGUGCCGGUAGAUAUAAGCUUAAUUACGGUCUCGCAAGAUGUGUAAAGAAGUUUCGUCUGUGAUCUAGUUUAAACGUCAUGACUACAAUGAAAAAUCCUAAUUCAUCGUCUUCUAAGCUUGCUCUGCUCAGCCAUAUAAAAUACGAGCACCUGGUAGCUGGUAUAUCAGGUGGCGUGACAUCCACUUUAAUUUUGCACCCUCUGGAUUUGAUAAAAAUUAGAUUUGCUGUAAACGACGGCAGGACCGCUACAGUACCUAGAUACGAUGGCCUUGGCAGCGCUUUCGUAACCAUAGUCAAGAAGGAGGGAGUAAAAGGACUCUACAGAGGCGUCACUCCCAACGUUUGGGGCUCCGGGUCAGCUUGGGGAUUUUAUUUCCUUUUCUAUAACGCAAUAAAAACAUGGAUUCAGGGGGGGAACGCUCGUACCCCUCUAGGGCCGGGGCUCCACAUGUUGGCGGCCGCCGAAGCUGGGGUUCUGUCCCUAGUUAUGACGAAUCCCAUCUGGGUAGUGAAGACUCGACUGUGCUUGCAGUACAGCGAGGAGCAUCUGGCCGAGCACAAGAGAUAUAAGGGCAUGGUUGACGGCUUGUCCAAGAUCUACAGGACAGAGGGAAUCAGAGGUCUUUAUAGGGGGUUUGUGCCCGGCAUGUUUGGAGUAUCACACGGUGCCCUGCAGUUCAUGACAUACGAGGAAAUGAAGAAUCGUUACAAUCAAUACAGGAAUUUGCCAAUUGAUAUCAAAUUGACGUCAGUGGAAUAUCUAACGUUCGCCGCGAUAUCUAAACUGAUCGCCGCCGGCGCCACCUACCCUUACCAAGUGGUGAGGGCGCGUCUCCAAGACCACCACCGCAGCUACGACGGCGCCUGGCACUGCAUCCGGGAGACCUGGAGGCACGAACGCUGGCAGGGUUUCUACAAGGGUCUGAAGCCAAAUCUGGUGCGGGUGGUUCCGGCCACUAUGGUCACGUUCUUGACAUACGAAAACGUUUCGCAUUACUUGUUGAAACGGGAGCAGGAAAUAAAGCUGCCUUCCUAGUAAACGGGAUUAGGGCAGUGUUUGAAAUAUUAAGUUAAUGAUAGGAACGCACUUUAUACGAUAGUAAAGGUAAAUUGCAUUGCCCAUAGAGUAGAUACGUUUUUUUAAGAAACUAUUGGACAUUGCCUUAUUAUGAGUUCAAACAAAAUUGAAACUAUGUCUCAACAUGGAAUUAAUGUAAAAUGAAAGUACUGGCACAGUUAAUAUAAAAUAUAUUUUGUUCAGUGACAACGUUGACCGUGUCCUUAACCUAUUUUUAAUGCUGGCCAUUUUUUACAUAUUGUGCAUAAAUCGUGUGUUU